AUGGGUCUGCCCUGCAGGGGCGCCCUGACUCGUGGGGUCCCCAGGAGAGCGGACGUCGAGGCAGGCGACGCCAAACCCGAGGCAGCCCUUCUGGCCACGGUCCGCGUAGACCCGACCUGGCGGCGGGGCUCGCUGGCCGACUGCGGGCGGGCGCCGUCGGAGCCAGGCUCAAGGGAAAAUAUAGACCCGGGGCCCACCGGCGGCCCCGCGGUGCGUGCGGGUUCGCGGAGAUGCUUGGCGGGGGGGCCCGGGGGCCCACCUGAGGUGGUGCCCUUGGGCUCUGGGGCGCGGCCCCUGCAGCUCCCCCGCCGCUCCAGGGCCGCGUCCCCCCGGCCCGUCUGCCCUGACGUAACGCCGAGCGUAGGCGACGGAGGCGAUCGGUUUGCGGGCGAACUGGCCCCCGGAGUCGAGUGGCCUGUGGGACCGCGCGGGGAGUCCCGGAGGCGCGGCUGCGGGGGCGGGUGUGCGUCUGCGCCUCGCCGGGCGUCCAGGCUGGCGGCCGAGGCGCCCACGGGCUCGCACACGCGCCCCUCCGCGGGCUUCCGCCGUCGCGGUGACCCUGCCGGGGACAGGCUGAGCAAACCGGGUCGGAACUCGGAGCUCCCGGGCCGCGGCGGGGCCGAGGCGCCGCAGCAUUCCCGACUCGGUUUCCCUGGCCCCGGCGCUCAGUUGAGCAGCUGCGGCGGAGGGCGUAGCCGUCUGCGCCGGGAAGGAGCCCCGCGCGGGGACAGCGACGACAGAGCAGGGUGUCCGCAGGCGGUCGGGCCCUUCCGUCCGCACUGCCCGCCGAGCAGGAGUUCCUCCGACUUCUCGCGGGCAGUCGCCGCACAUCAAAGACGCUGUUUAUUUGGCUUGCUGAAAAGGACAAAUGAACAAAGAGAAGCUGGGGGGUUGGGGGGGGCAGGAGAAAGGGUAAAGAAAGGGACACCCUCAGUUCUGAGCAAAUUUUUUAAGUAUCUAAUUGGGCUGCUUUGCCGACCUAAUGAGAUUAGAGGGAGGAAUCGUUCGCCGCCACUGCAGAAUAAACUGAUACAUUACUACCAGCCACAGGUUUUGAGGACUCGCUCUCCUGCCUGCGCGCUCUGA